CGGUGGUCACGUGAGCCUGAACCGUAUAUUUUCUUAGGUAGCCUGCUAAAAUGCCCGAACUAACAGUACUUCUUUUUCCAAGAUGGCGUCGAUGAGGGAUAGCGACACCGGCCUGUGGCUUCACAACAAACUGGGCUCAACAGACGAACUCUGGGCGCCUCCCAGCAUUGCUUCGCUGCUCACAGUGUCGGUUAUUGACAAUAUACGCUUGUGUUUUUCGAGUUUGUCGCCGCCAGUAAAGCUGAAACUGCUGCUCGGGAUGCUGCAUCUGCCACGGCGGACUGUUGAUGAGAUGAAGGAGGCUUUAACCGAGAUCAUUCAGCUGGCCACGGUGGAUUCCGAGCCCUGGGUCCUAAUGGUGGCUGACAUCUUGAAGACCUUUCCGGAAACGGGUUCACUCAACCUGGACCUGGAGGAGCAGAACCCCAAUGUGCAGGACAUACUGGGGGAGCUCCGUGAAAAAGUGAAUGAGUGUGACGCGUCGGCCAUGCUGCCCCUGGAAUGCCAGUACCUGAACAAGAGUGCUCUGACCACGCUGGUGGGACCCCUCAACCCCCCCAUCAAGCACUUCCAACUCAAGAGGAAGCCCAAGAGUGCCACCCUCAGGGCAGAGCUGCUACAGAAAUCCACAGAGACCGCUCAGCAGCUGAAGAAGACUGCAGGAGUGCCCUUCCACGCCAAAGGCAGAGGCCUCGUAAAGAAAAUAGACACCACCACUCCCCUAAAGGGGAUCCCUAAGGCUCCGUUCCGUAGCCCCACCGCGCCCAGCAUGUUCAGCCCACCCAGCACACGUGCCCCCAUCGCCCCCGCACGCACCCCUCUGCGCAAGGAGCGGGGCGUCAAGUUAUUAGACAUUUCAGAACUCGAUAUGGUUGGAGCAGGAAGAGAAGCCAAGAGAAGAAGAAAGACACUGGACACAGAGGCUGGAGAAAAGGCUGCCAAAGAGGAGGCCGUGGUUGAGAACGCCACGCCUGACUAUGCUGCUGGACUGGUGUCCACACAGAAACUGGGGGCUCUGAACGAAAGCGCUCUGCCCUCCACCAGCUACCUACCAGCCACACCCAGCAUGGUCCCCUCAUCCUCCUACAUUCCCAGCUCGGAGUCGCAGCCUGCGGGUGCAGGUGGUGUUGCACGUGAGGCCGGUCGACAACCUGAGGAAACGGCGCCCCCUGGUGGUGCCCAGCUGGCUGGCCAGUUCAAGCAACGGCCGCCCAUGUACAACGCCAGCACCGCCAGCCCCACGACCCCCACCUCGCCCAGCCAGCCAAUCAGCACGCCAGUCAACAACGCUCCACCCCCUGCCGCUACGCCCACACAGCCUGAGGCACCAACGCCCACGCAGCCGACAGCGGCCCAGCCCACGCCGAGCCCCGCCCCCACCCCGGCCCCACAGCAGCCUCAGCCCAAAAAGAACCUCUCCCUCACGAGAGAACAGAUGUAUGCUGCACAGGAGAUGUUCAAGACGGCCAACAAGGUCACAAGGCCAGAGAAAGCCCUCAUCCUGGGCUUCAUGGCUGGAUCACGAGAGAACCCGUGCCCGGAGCAGGGUGACAUCAUCCAGAUCAAACUGAGCGAACACACGGAGGUCCUACCCAAAGCGGAUGGCACGGGCAGCACAACCAUGCUGGUGGACACGGUGUUCGAGAUGAACUACUCCACCGGCCAGUGGACCCGUCUCAAGAAGUACAAGCCCAUCACCAACGUCUCCUGAGCCGAGCUGACCCGUGGACCCACAAACUCGAACAGACAUGUUUGUUACUCACACACGAAGACGCACACACGCAAGCAGACACAUUUAAGCAAACAAGUACAUACAUGAACAGAUACUCACACAUCCUUACAGAUUCCAAGAGACACACUCACAUGUACUCACAUGCACAAGUACACACAUUCUCAACUGUAGGCACUCACAACACACACCAUAUGCACAUGCACAUACACAUACAUUCACACUCAUGGGCCAAAAACUGAGAGUUUGGAAAGUGGGGUUGAAGUGGACACUGGGAAGGAACCUUCCAGAACCUUCUACGUAGACCUCUUCAUCCUCUGUUUGCUUGUUAGUUUUUUCUUCUGUUCAGUUUUUUAAAUCAACAUUUAACCCCUCUCCCUUCUGGACUGCUGAAUGUUUGUGAGGGGACGUGGUUCAAGAUGUGACAUGGACCAGUGCUUUUGGAGAACACAACCAAGCCUAAAAAAAUGUUAAAAAAAAAGACAAAAUGGAAAAAUACUGAAUGUAACAUUUCCCCCAUGCAAAAUGAGAGACAAAAAUGUCCGUAUCUGUAUCGCUGCCUGAUCUAUUUCUUUUUCUGGAGCCUUCGGAAGAAUGAUUGAUUUUCAACCUCGUCAAGAAGGGAAGAAAUAAAAGGUACAUUUGUCCAGA